AGAAAAAAAAGACAGAGAAAAAUGCCUUUUGGUGGGUUAGCAGGUUUGAAGGAACAGGUGCUUAAACCUGGGAAGGAGGAAGUGAAAAGCACAGUGGGGGACUCUCUAGGAAAACUGCAAAGGAAAAUAGACGGUAGUAAUGUAGAAGAAGAGGACCACAUUGAGCUGACAGAGGAUGGGCGUCCGGUGGCAUCAGCUCCACGUACUGCCCCCCUGCUGGACUGUAGCUGCGGUGGUCUGCCCAAGCGCUACAUCAUCGCCAUCCUCAGCGGCCUGGGCUUCUGCAUCUCCUUUGGCAUCCGUUGCAACCUUGGUGUGGCCAUUGUGGAGAUGGUGAACAACAACACUGUCUAUAUCAAUGGGACUCCUGUGCUUCAGCAAGCUCAGUUUAACUGGGACCCAGAGACAGUGGGGCUGAUCCACGGCUCCUUCUUCUGGGGCUACAUUGUCACUCAAAUCCCUGGUGGUUUCAUCUCCAACAAGCUGUUUGCCAACAGGGUUUUUGGGGCUGCCAUUUUCCUGACGUCAGUGCUCAACAUGUUCAUCCCAUCAGCAGCGAGGGUGCACUACGGUUAUGUCAUGUUUGUGCGCAUCCUGCAGGGCUUAGUGGAGGGUGUCACCUACCCAGCAUGUCAUGGGAUGUGGUCCAAAUGGGCGCCACCUCUUGAGCGGAGUCGACUGGCCACAACUUCAUUCUGUGGAUCCUACGCAGGAGCAGUGAUCGCCAUGCCUUUAGCUGGAGUGCUCGUUCAAUACGUUGGAUGGCCUUCGAUCUUCUAUAUCUAUGGUGUUUUUGGGAUCAUGUGGUAUGUCAUGUGGCUACUGCUGGCAUAUGGAAGUCCUGCUGAACAUCCCACAAUCACAGACGAGGAGAGGAUGUACAUCGAGACCACCAUCGGUGAAACAAUGCGCCAACUGAGUGUCACUGAGAAAUUCAAGACACCGUGGCGUCGUUUCUUUACCUCCAUGCCCGUCUAUGCCAUCAUCGUGGCCAACUUCUGCCGCAGCUGGACCUUCUACCUGCUCCUCAUCAGCCAGCCGGCGUAUUUUGAGGAAGUCUUUGGCUUCCCCAUCAGCAAGGUGGGGAUCCUGUCCGCUGUCCCCCACAUGGUGAUGACAAUAGUAGUUCCUAUUGGAGGACAGCUGGCUGACUACUUACGCAGUAACAAAAUCAUGUCUACCACAAAUGUGAGAAAAAUCAUGAACUGUGGAGGAUUUGGUAUGGAGGCCACUCUGCUGUUGGUUGUUGGGUUUUCUCACACUCGAGGGGUUGCCAUCACCUUCCUAGUUCUGGCUGUAGGGUUCAGUGGAUUUGCCAUCUCAGGUUUUAAUGUAAAUCAUUUGGACAUUGCGCCUCGCUAUGCCAGCAUCCUGAUGGGCAUUUCUAACGGGGUGGGAACGCUAUCAGGAAUGGUGUGUCCUCUGAUUGUUGGAGCCCUGACUAAAAACAAGACUCGUCUGGAGUGGCAAAAUGUCUUUGUUAUUGCGUCCAUGGUCCAUUACUCAGGGGUCAUUUUCUACGCUAUCUUUGCUUCUGGAGAACAGCAGGACUGGGCCGAACCUGAAAGCACCAGUGAGGAUAAAUGUGGCAUUAUUGAUGAGGACGAGCUGGCUGAAGAAUCAGAGCUCAACAUGGAGAACACCGUGGCUCCCAAAAAGAGUUACGGAACCACAGACAAUUUAUCUGGUGGAAAACAGGGCUGGAAAAAGAAGAGAGGGGUGACCAUGCAAGAGGAGGAGGAACAUUUUGGGAAUGGCGACCACCAGGACCAGUACCAGUGAGAUGCCCUGUGGGGCAAAGGACUUCCAUAACACUCAAGUCUGGUUGAGGCUGAGAAAUUUGAUUACAAACCUGUGGAAAUGGAAAAAACAUUGGAAAAGUGACGAGGAGCAGCAGCAUCACAUGUACCUCAAGACGUUUUUCCUUUUUGGUCAAUACUCCAGUUUAACUGUGAUGUCCUGUCAUGUCAAAAAUCAUGUGGAAACACAAAAAUGCUAAAAUCAACCAUAGUUUUUAUUAGAAAUCCAUUGGGGCAAAAUUUAAAAACAAAAAUAUCAACAAAACAGAUUUGAAUAAUAAAUGUAGUUUAGACUUGAACAUUUGUGAACAAACUAGUGUUGUGUUAAAAGAACAUCAGAAACACACAUCAACUUUCAAACCCGACUUUUCCUGCAAACUGCGUUGAUCAUAUUUCGUCUGUCGGCAAACAUUGACUGAACUUUAUGUAGCUUACUUAGAACCACAUGAACAGUUUCUGAAAUGUUUUGUGUCAGCUAUGCAACGUGAAAAGAGACAGCAGUGUUAAUGUUAUGAGCCUUAUUUCGUUUUUGCUUGUAUGUAUUUGCUGUUGCUGAAUGAUUGCACUUUGAACCGCUUAGCCCGCUUUCCUUGUCUGAGCAGGUCUUAGUUCCCCAUCUGUUUGUGAUGCACUUCUUCCAGCAUUAUAUCAUCUUCAUUAUUUAUGCUCUUCUGGGCUCAUAAUGUGACGUAAUGGAUGGUGACUUCAGUGAUGACGUUACUCCAUGAUGCAUUUAGUGUAA